CUGCCAACACCAAGUCCAGGGUCUUGAGCUCCAAGCUCCCAUGUGCGCAUUGUUCGGCUGGGAUGCCAACGCCAGCCCAAGGCAAAACGCCUCCGGCUCUCCCUCCAUCGCCAACAAGUAUCGAGGGAUAUCUGGCUGCAUGCGCCGUCCUGCUGUAGCAGCAACGCAACAAAGUCCAUCCCGCACCCACACCCACCCAACAUCUACCCCUCCUCUCCACGCUUCACUAUCCCAUCUCAUACCAAGCACUUUCCCGUUUCACGCGCCACCCGCCCAGCACGCUACUGUAAAUGGAUGGAGCCGGCGAGCUUUGAACCUGUCAACCCAUCCUCAUCGCCCGUCCGCGAUGGGGCAAAAGCCGCCGCCGCUCGUCCUGAGCGUAGCAGCGUGGUUCCGCCCUACUGGCAGCGGCAUGAGCGCAAUACUAGCCGUAUGAGCUCCUACUCGACUGACAAUGGCCGUCCUGCGCCGAUUGGGCUCGAGGACCACACGGACGAAGGGUCCGAGCAAUGCAAGGCGCUGUGGGCGAAGGGUGUCACGAUAGACGAUCACGUCGUUGUCAGCGGCACGGCACCGGGGCUGGGAGCUUACGUCGUCUGGAACUGCACUGUUGAGACGCUGGAUGGUGGUCCCAUCAAGAUACGAAAGAGAUACUCAGAGUUCGAAGACCUGAGAGCGAAGCUGGUCCAAACCUUCCCUCAUGCUGUGGGCUCCAUGCCACAGUUCCCACCUAAAUCGGUAAUAUCUCGGUUCAGACCGAGGUUUCUGGAAAAGCGGAAGCAAGGUCUCGCGUUCUUCUUGAACUGCAUCCUGCUCAACCCGGAGUUUGCUGGGUCGCCUGUCCUGAAGGACUUUCUCUUCUCGUAAAUGUUUGCCUCGUAUAUGACGAUAUUGGAUCUUGUGGUAUAUUGCGUACAAUCGGGCGGCGGCAGCGGUGGCAAGAGCAUGGAAGUAACGGUGUAUGUGGGGCAAACAGCGUAACGGGCGACGGUCCUCCACGAACAGACAUUGUUCACGAGCUCUCUCUCACUCACCGCCAGAUAUCACGGUAACUACGGAGCGCUUCCCAUACUCCUACUCCUACCAUCUGCACACGGUCUUGGGCAACCUAUAUUGGAACCGUCAUGUGCCCAUCAUCUACCACGCUCGGGACACCGGCUAUGCCCUAUCCAACUUGUAAAUAUUCAUAAGUAUAACAUAAUCUCUAAUAGCGAAGACUUGAUCAACACUCUGG